AUGAAUUUCCGAAUCGUUGCCACAAUCUUGUCCUUCGGAGCAUGCGCAUUCGGGGCAUCACUGAAGCAGGUGACGAACUAUAACAAUGACGCCAAAGCAAAGCCUGGAAUGUGGGUGUACGUUCCAGACACAGUAAAGAGCGAUGCGCUUGUGGUUGCCAUCCACUCUUGCCAGUCCUCCGCACAGAAAUACUUCCAGAACAGCAAGAUUCCAUGGCAUCAAGGCUCUGACAAGAAAGGCUAUGUGACGGUUUGGCCAAGUUCAACAACUGAAUGCUGGGAUGUUUCGAGCAAAGCUUCACUUACACACAAUGGCGGAGGUGACUCGAAUGCGAUCGCGAAUAUGAUCAAAUAUGCGAUCACCGAAUACAAGAUCGACCCGAAGAAGGUUUUCGUAACGGGUGGCUCAUCCGGAGCGAUGAUGUCCAAUGUCAUGGCUGCGACCUAUCCCGACCUCAUCACUGCCGUAUCGCUCUACUCCGGCGUACCUGCUGGCUGUUUUGUCUCUUCAUCAGGGGCUGCUGCUGCCUGGAACAACACCUGCAGCGGUGGCAACAGCAAGGCAAGUCCGGAACAAUGGGGCAACGUAGCUCGAGCCAUGUAUCCUAGCUACACCGGCACACGUCCUCGUAUGCAAAUCUGGCAUGGGUCGGUUGAUGGCACUCUAUCACCCAACAAUUAUCAGGAGACAAUCGACCAGUGGACAAAUGUGUUCAACGUUAGCAUCACGCCGACGUCGUCGAAGCCGGACACGCCGGAUAAGAACUACAGGAUGGAUGACUUCGGUCCGAAUGUUGAGGGUAUCUGGGCUGUGGGUGUUGGCCACUCGGUGCCGUCGCACCUGGAUGCUUCCGAGGCCUGGUUUGGUCUAUAA